AUGACUGAUCUUACUGGUCCAGCAUCGACAUCCGCGAGCGCCUCUCAAGCCGCAACAAGUUCAAGUGCUAAAAAAGGCAAAGGUAACGCAGGAAAUAAGGCGAAAAAAGCCAAAACAGCAAGUACGCAUCCGAAAUUUUCGGCCAUGAUCAAACAAGCUAUUACACAGUUGAAUGACCGAAAUGGUACAUCAAAAGCCGCAAUUUUGAAAUAUAUCUUAGCCAACUACAAAAUUAACUUCGCCACAGUUAAUCAACAUCUCAAAGCGGCAUUACGUGCAGGCAUUAAAAAUAAAUCGUUGAAACAAACCAAAGGCGUUGGUGCAAGCGGCAGCUUCAAAUUAGGUGCAGCAGCUCCAGCAAAGAAGAAAUCGUCAGGUGGCAAGAAGAAAGCUUCGUCAUCGAAGAAACCGGCAAGUGCCAAACCAAGAAGCCGAUCGAAAACACCUGGUGGAAGUAAAAAGGCAGCCGGUAGUAAACCAAAAGCAGCACGAUCAUCGAGCAAAAAGAAAUCUGCUACCGAUGCUGCUGGUACAAAACGAAAACGUUCAGCUUCGCCAAAGAAAGCUGUCAAGAAAACCACUGUCGCUGCGCCAGCCGCUGACAAUGCAACUGCAGCUGCACCAGCAGCAGCAGCUUCUGCUGCCGCUCCAGCAAGCAAGAAGAAAGCAUCGACCGGUGUAAAGAAAGCUAAAACAGCUAAGCCAAAAUCAAAAGGAUCGGCUAAACCCAAAUCAGCAGGUAAAGCUAAGAGUCCAAAAAAGAAAGCAGCUACGCCAAAAAAGAAAACCGCUACCAAAUCAAAACCUAAAGCAGCCAAAUCGAAAUCUCCUGCUACUACUGCUACUGCUUCAUCAUCGUCCUCAUCCGCACCCGCUGCGUCUUCUGCUUCAGCGCCAGCAUCUGCAGCGAAAAAACCGAAAAAAGCCGCAGCACCAAAGAAAGCCAAAAGCCCAAAAAAAGCAGCGAAUAAAAAAUGA